CGGAGGAAGAUGGCGACCUUCUCAGCGACUCUGGCGCGGCUCCUCCGAGCUCCACCGACCGCUGCCUCUCUCUUGCGACCCCCGAGAGUCGCGACGCGGUCGGCAGUCUGUUCUCUGCACUCUACACGCGCUCAGAGGUCGGCGACUGGAGGCUCGCUGGCGGAGCGGCAGAAGCAGAUGAUGUCCCGUGGCCUUCCGCGGCAGAAGCCCCUGUCUGGGGUCAAGCAGGUGGUGGUCGUAGCAUCAGGGAAAGGGGGUGUCGGCAAGUCGACCACUGCAGUGAACCUAGCCCUGGCAAUGAUGAGCAAUGAUCCGAGUGUGAGUGUGGGUCUGUUGGACGCGGAUGUCUACGGUCCUUCUAUUCCCCGGCUGAUGAACCUGAAAGGAAACCCAGAACUGAAUCAGAACAACCUGAUGAUCCCACUCACGAACUACGGUGUAUCCUGCAUGUCCAUGGGCUUCCUGGUGGAGGACGACGCCCCUAUUGUGUGGAGGGGCCUGAUGGUGAUGUCGGCCAUCGACAAAUUACUAAGACACGUGGACUGGGGGACUCUGGAUUACCUGGUUGUUGACAUGCCACCAGGAACUGGAGAUGUGCAGCUGUCAAUCACCCAAAACAUCCCAGUUGCAGGAGCUGUGAUCGUGUCCACGCCUCAAGACAUUGCUCUUCUAGAUGCCAGAAGAGGAGCGGAGAUGUUCAAGAAGGUUAAUGUGCCGGUUCUGGGUCUGGUUCAGAACAUGAGUGUGUUCCUGUGUCCAAAUUGUCACCAUCAAACUCACAUAUUUGGUGCUGACGGCGCUAAAGACUUGGCCCAGAAUUUGGGAGUCAAACUAUUAGGUGAUAUACCGCUACACAUGAGCAUCAGGGAGAUGUCAGAUCUGGGUCGGCCAGUCGUCGUCUCCUCCCCCGACAGCCCUGAGGCGAUGGCUUACAGGAAUGUGGCGUCCUCAGUUGUCCAAUCCCUGAAGGAUCUGGUCACGUGACAGGAAUCCCGACAGAAGACUUGCUACAUUGUAAAAUGUGCUGUUUAAAGGUGUUGAUAUUUUUGUUAUUUUUAGAAACAUGUUCACUAACAAUAA